AUGUCCCAACGAUCUUCACAACACAUUGUAGGUAUUCAUUAUGCUGUAGGCCCUAAGAUUGGCGAAGGCUCUUUUGGAGUAAUUUUUGAGGGGGAAAACAUUCUUCAUUCCGGUCAAGCGCAAACAGGCAGUAAGAGAGAUUCUAGCAUAAUAAUGGCCAAUGAACCAGUUGCAAUCAAAUUCGAACCGCGACAUUCGGACGCUCCUCAGUUACGAGACGAAUUCAGAGCUUACAGAAUAUUGAAUGGCUCUGUUGGAAUCCCUCAUGCUUAUUACUUUGGCCAAGAAGGUAUGCAUAACAUCUUAAUCAUAGAUUUACUAGGACCCUCGUUGGAAGACCUUUUUGAAUGGUGUGGGAGGAAGUUCUCAGUAAAAACUACUUGUAUGGUGGCCAAGCAAAUGAUUGAUAGAGUCAGAGCAAUUCAUGACCAUGAUUUGAUUUAUCGUGAUAUUAAACCCGAUAAUUUCCUAAUCUCUCAAUAUCAAAGAAUAUCACCGGAAGGGAAAGUCAUCAAAUCGUGCGCUUCUUCUUCUAACAAUGAUCCUAAUUUAAUUUACAUGGUUGAUUUCGGUAUGGCCAAACAAUAUAGGGAUCCGAGAACGAAACAGCAUAUACCAUACCGUGAACGGAAGUCAUUGAGUGGUACCGCUAGAUAUAUGUCUAUCAAUACACAUUUUGGCAGAGAACAGUCACGCAGAGAUGAUUUAGAAUCCCUGGGUCAUGUUUUUUUCUACUUCCUGAGAGGGUCCUUGCCAUGGCAGGGUUUAAAAGCACCUAAUAACAAACUAAAAUAUGAGAAAAUUGGUAUGACUAAGCAAAAACUAAACCCUGAUGAUCUUUUGCUAAAUAAUGCUAUUCCGUAUCAGUUUGCCACAUAUUUAAAGUAUGCUCGUUCUUUGAAAUUCGAGGAAGAUCCAGAUUACGACUAUUUGAUAUCAUUGAUGGAUGAUGCCCUGAGGUUGAAUGGUCUGGAGGAUGAUGGACACUACGAUUGGAUGGACUUGAAUGGUGGCAAAGGUUGGAAUAUCAAGAUUAAUAGAAGAGCUAACUUGCACGGGUAUGGUAAUCCAAAUCCAAGGGUUAAUGGUAAUACCACAAGAAAUAAUACUAAUAUGAACUCAAAGACACGAAAUACAACACCUGUACCGACGCCUAAGCAACAAGCUCCGAACAAUAAUAACAACAAGGACAUUUCUAAAUCUAGAAUUUCAUCUAACCCGCAAAGUUUUAUUAAACAACAACAAAUUUUGAAAAAAAUCGAGCCCAAUAGUAAAUAUAUUCCUGAAACACAUUCAAAUCUUCAUCGACCAAUGAAAAGCCAAAACCAAACGUACGACUCUAUUAAUCAUACCCAAAAUUUAUCAUUUGUACCAUAUUCAAGUACUAAAUCUAAUCCUAAAAGAAGUAACAAUGAGCCCAACUUAUCAAAUCACUAUUCAAGUUUUACAAAUAAGAAUAUCAAUCAUCAAAGUCAACAAAAUUACGAGCAAGAACAUAGUACUUAUUCUAGUGACGAAAAUGAGGCAUUUUGCUCUAGAUUCUAUAAAUAUUGUUGCUGCUGUUUCUGCUGCUGUUGA